AUGGGCAAGAAAAAACGAAGUCAUGUUCAACAAUCCGAAGAAGCUCUUCCAACAUCUUCUAAUGGGACCAAGUCGUUUGCUAGGCAGGUGACAUUUGAUGGGUCGUCUAAGGAACGCAGUGACUAUUACAUGAAACCGAGUGGUAGAGGUUUAAUAACUAGCCCAUCAGUUGCAACCUUGAAUAGGUUGGAACGCCAAAAAAUUGUUCUGUGGAAAAGACCUUGUCAAACAGUUCACUACGCUGUGCGAGAAAUAUUGCAGCUGCUUGUUGAAUUCAUUCGUUGUUUAUGGCGACAAAAGUUUAACAUAUCAUUCAUCAUAUUAAUGUUUGCUGUUGGAACAUAUAUCUGUUAUUUGCCUGGCAUUCAUCAAAAAUACGUUCAAAGUUGGAAAACUAAGUUAUUGCGAUGUUUUUAUUGGAUAGGUCUUGGAAUAUUAUCAUCUGUUGGACUUGGCACUGGUCUUCACACAUUUAUAUUAUAUUUAGGACCACAUAUAGCAUCUGUUACAAUGGCAGCCUACGAAUGCAAUUCACUUGAUUUUCCAGAACCACCUUACCCGGAAAGAAUCGUUUGUCCACAUACAGAAAGUAUUGUAGAAACAGCAGUGAUCACAAUGUGGUCGAUAAUGUCAAAAGUUCGAAUAGAGUCGCUUUUGUGGGGAGCUGGCACGGCUUUGGGCGAAUUACCCCCGUAUUUCAUGGCAAAGGCAGCCCGAAUUUCAGGGGAGGAGCCAGAUGAUGAAGAAUAUAGGGAGUUUUUAGCUUAUAUCAAUCGAAAUGGACCUAAAGCACCGACGUUUACUGAAAAAUGCAAAGAGGUGAUGGAAAACGCGGUUACCAAACUUGGAUUUUUUGGAAUUCUUUCUUUUGCUUCAAUACCCAAUCCAUUCUUCGAUUUGGCCGGUAUUACAUGCGGUCAUUUUCUCGUCCCGUUUUGGAAGUUUUUUUUGGCGACUCUCAUCGGCAAAGCUAUUUUCAAAAUGCAUCUUCAGAUGUUUUUUGUUGUCCUGGCUUUCAGUGAAAAUACAGUAGAACAUCUGGUAGUCCGCCUAAAAACCAUUCCGCUAAUAGGCACUCAUCUUCAUCAGAAAAUAAUGGAAUUUUUAAUGGUUCAAAAAGUAAGGCUUCAUCGGGAAAAUGGACCUUUAAAUGCUGAGGAAGGUACCAUAUUACAGAAAUGUGCCUCAUACUUUGUUACCGGUAUGAUAGUUUGGUUUUUGCUAUCAAUUAUCAAUUCACUGGCGCAGAAUUGGCACAAAAGAUUGUGUGACGCUAAUAAAAAAGAUGCUUAA